CAUUUUGUUUGUAUCUCCUCCCCCACCACCCUCCCCUCACCAGAAACUUUAAGCCAUGCAGUGGGGAAUCCAACCCAUCAGGUGAAGGGAAUCCUAGGAGGAUCAGUCUUGUUUCCUGCCAAUGUAUCUCAAGGAAUAACAGUGGAGAAAAUUCAAUGGAACUUUCUACCCCAAAGGGGUGCCCUGGGCUUUUGGCUGGCAGAAUUCAGUCAUGGGGAACUGGAGGACCCAAGUCCCACUGACCAGUUUGGGACUGUUUGGGACGGCUAGACAUGGUGGACGAGACAACACUGAAGGUCAAAGACCUGGAGUUGAAUGAUAGUGGGAUCUACAGUGCUCGCAUCUGGGUUACUAAGACACAGUUUCAAGAACAGCGUUUCAGCCUCACUGUUUAUGGUAAGUUAUUGCUUUCACUGUUUGACUCAUGGAAUAGGAUUAGCACCACUUUGCAACAUAGGUACUGGGAGGGGUGAGACCUUAUGCUGUUUUCAUUUGUGUUCCACAGAGCCAGUGCCAACACCACAGAUACACCACCAAGUGGAAUCUAAGACUCCAGGUGGAUGUAAUGUGACCUUGCGAUGCCUCACACCUGGAAGGGAAGAGCUCAAUAUCUCCUGGGAAACAGGGGGUCCACAUAAGGCCUUAGGAAAGAGUGUGAAUCAGUACCAGGUUUCUGACAAUGGCCGGGAGCGCUGUGUCUUCUACUGGAACAGUUCUUUCAACUCCAAAUUCACCUGCCUGGUCAGCAAUCCUGUUGGUCAAAAGAGAGCCUCGUUUGACUUGCUCAACAUCUGCCAGAGUGAUGAAAGUGAGCAAUAUAUCCUUUCGUUCAUUAUCCAGAGGAGGUUCUUGUGGUGGUGAAAAGGCAGGCUAGCCCUUAACAUGAGGGAUUUGAGAUGUGUUUGUAUUAAUAAAUGCCCCUCUUCCUAUGCUUGUGAGCAGGAUAAGAGUAAACACAGCACUCAUUGCGGACUCCCUUAAGAAAUUGAUUCAGGGCAGGCAUGUGUGUCUGACAGGGCAUUAACAGCUCAAAUCAUUGCAAUACGAACGGGACAGAUUAGCGACACUUGCUUAUCUCUUGUUAUUUAUUAUACUCCUCUUGGCCAGGUGUGAGCAUGGGGCUCUGAAUCUUGGGGUCAUGGGUUGAAGCCCUGCCUUGUGCCAAAGAUUCCUGCAAUGCAGCGGGUUGGGCUAGAUCACUCUAGUUGUCCCUUCCAACUCUACAAUUCUAUGAUUCUAUGAGAGUCACUCUGGAGAUUGUUAUUAGAGUAUGUUUUGAGAGACUCUUAUUGCUCAUUGCAGGUGGACAGUUUGGACUCUUGAGCUGGAGUCCAUGGCUUUUACCUUCCCUCAUAGUUCUUCUGGUGAUAAUGGUGAUGGUGAUGUGCUGGAAGAUCAGAUUAGAAAGAGGUAGGACCAUCUCUAUUGAUCUUCUUCCCAUCUCUCCUGAGGUGGGUGCUUCCUGCCAAAUAUACCUUUACCUUUCUUUUGCUUAUUCUGAGAGGCAGAGACUGGUCAGUGACAUGGACUCAAUAAUGUGUCUCAUUUUGCACUCCACAGCUGUGAUGCAAGAGAAAGGGGACAGUAUCCCGAGCUCAGGAGCCACGCAGAAGAUCGUGAUGAUGAGGUGAGAUGAUCGGUGUGCAAAGUAAUGAUGGGGUGAUUGUUUUUAUCUAUCAGUGAAAGCAUCUGAUACAUUUGGGAGGAAUUUAUCACUUACAUUAUUAUUAUUAUUAAUGUUGCAUUCACUUAUUCUUUUUUUCAAUUUUUUUAAAUUGAUUUCCCACAUUUAUCACCAAAUGACAUAACAAAACACACAACAAAGAAAAACACACUACAAUACAAUAAAAUUAAACACAGAGAAAAAUUAUUUCUUCAAAUAUCUAAUUCUCUUAACAUUGAUAACUGACUUCCUUGAAUCCCCUCUAGCUGAAUUUCAUUAUAUCAGCUUUAUAACAGUUCUCCAAGUUCAUAUUUCUAAUAAUAUUAACUCCUUUCAUUUACUAACUUCUUCUCCUUUAUCAAUAUUCUAAUCCUUAAUAUUUACUACCCCGUAUCCUUAUACUACCCCUAAGCCUAUUUGUAACUUCCAAGGAUUUUCUAUUUAUCUUAUAUUACAAUAUAUAGCUAAAUAUUCUUUAAAAUUCUUCCUAUCCUCUUGUGUCUCCUCUUCUUUUUGGUCACGGAUUCUUCCAGUCAGGUCGGCCAGCUCCAAAAAGUCCAAAAUCUUCAUCUGUCAUUCUUCUAUUGCUGGUAUUUCUUGCGAUUUCCAAAUAUGGCUAAUAAAAGUCUUGCCGCUGUAGUGGCAUACGAAAAACAGUCUAGCAUCUUUUUUGGGCAACUCCGCAUUCUGUUAUUCUUAAAGAAACAACAGCAACAGCAAGAACAAGCAGAUUUCAAACAGGCCAGUGACCUGAUAAUGAAUGGCAAUCAAUUUGGCACAACUUGUCCCUACGAACCAUCUCUGCUUGUCUGCAGGAGGCUUCUCUUAAAAUUACCUUUCACUGGCACUGGACUCCAUCACAUCGAGCCAAAAUAAACUCUAGCAUCUCUCUCUUAUGCUGGAAAGGAUGCAGAGAGAGUGGCUCAUUUUCAUGUAUGGUGAAGUUGCACAUUGGUCUAUUCCUAUUGGAGUUCCACAUUAUAUGACUCUCACUAUACAGUAUAUAAGGGUCUGGUGACUUCUGUUUCCAGUGUAUCUGAAGAAGUGUGCACGCACAUGAAAGCUCAUACCAAUAACAAACUUAGUUGGUCUCCAAGGUACUACUGGAAGGAAUUUAUUUAUUUAUUUUGCCAUUGGUGUUAGUGGUUCAUUGCGCCAGGGCGCUGGCCUCUCAGGGGCGCCCUAGCGAGUGGGGGAGCUGUGCGGCUUUGCCAGCAGCCUCCCCUUUCCCUGUACGCCCUCCAGCUGCGCCCCACCAACUGUAUGGCGGGCGUGCAGCUUCCUUCCCAAGCCUCUGCAGGAGGAGAGCGAUCCCCGCAGAGCUCCCAAGCCUCUGCAUCUGCUAAAGAUGGCCCUGAUCCCGGUCGUCAUCCUCCUCCUGCUUCCUGGCGAAGGCGGCACACAGCCUUCCCAGGCUGCCUUCUUGGGCGCCCCUACGCCAGAGAGCAUGUCCACCAACACGUUUUCCUGCUUGAUCGCUGUUGCCACACCAGGGAUCAGGGUGAUGGGGGAGGCAGAGGAUAUUUUCCACUGCCCCCUCCCUUGUUUUGGAGUUGCCUGGGGGGGCGCCAGAGGGAUCUUUGCACCAUGGCACUGGAUAUGCUUAAGACGGCCCUGAGGCAGCACGCCAGAGCGAGAGAGGCUUAUCUCCCUCUCACUGUGUUUCUACUCCUCCCAGCUUGUCCUCCCUCCUCUUUGGAUCCUCGCUGUCUGUCAGCCCUCUGGCAGCAGGGCUCUGCUUCCCACUUCCUCCCCAAAGUGAACCCAACAGGAUUGCGCUCUCUACUUACCAGCUGUUCUGGACUCUUCCCAAAAUACUAAUUUAAUCAUUGAUAAUAACUGAACACUGGGUAAUGGAAAUGACAUUUGUUGUUGUUGUUUAGUCGUUUAGUCGUGUCCAACUCUUCGUGACCCCAUGGGCCAGAGCAUGCCAGGCACUCCUGUCUUCCACCGCCACCCGCAGUUUGGUCAGGCUCAUGUUUGUAGCUUCGAGAACACUAUCCAACCAUCUCGUCCUCUGUCGUUCCCUUCUCCUUGUGCCCUCCAUCUUUCCCAACAUCAGGGUCUUUCCAGGGAGUCUUCUCUUCUCAUGAGGUGGCCAAAGUCUUGGAGCCUCAGCUUCAGGAUCUGUCCUUCCAGUGAGCCCUCAGGGCUGAUUUCCUUCAGAAUGGAGAGGUUUGAUCUUCUUGCAGUCCAUGGGACUCUCAAGAGUCUCCUCCAGCACCAUAAUUCAAAAGCAUCAAUUCUUCGGCGAUCAGCCUUCUUGAUGGUCCAGCUAUAACUUCCAUACAUCACUACUGGGAAAACCAUGGCUUUAACUAUAUGUACCUUUGUUGGCAAGGUGAUGUCUCUGCUUUUAAGAUGCUGUCUAGGUUUGCCAUCGCCUUUCUCCCAAGGAGCAGUCGUCUUUUAAUUUCGUGACUGCUGUCACGCAUCUGCAGUGAUCAUGGAGCCCAAAAAGUAAAAUCUCUCACUGCCUCCAUUUCUUCCCCUUCUAUCUGCCAGGAGGUGAUGGGCCCAGUGGCCAUGAUCUUCGUUUUUUUGAUGUUGAGCUUCAGACCAUAUUUUGCGCUCUCCUCUUUCACCCUCAUUAAAAGGUUCUUUAAUUUCUCCUCACUUUCUGCCAUCAAGGUUGUGUCAUCUGCAUAUCUGAGGUUGUUGAUAUUUCUUCCGGUGAUCUUAAUUCCGCCUUGGGAUUCUUCCAGUCCAGCCUUUCGCAUGAUGAAUUCUGCAUAUAAGUUAAAUAAUCAGGGAGACAAUAUACAGCCUUGCUGUACUCCUUUCCCAAUUUUGAACAAAUCAGUUGUUCCAUAUCCAGUUCUAACUGUAGCUUCUUGUCCCACAUAGAGAUUUCUCAGGAGACAGAUGAGGAAAUGGAAAUGACAUACUUUUGUCAAUUCAAAAUGGGCAAUUCCACCCACUCCCUUAUGGACUUAGUUAUGGCAAGUUCUCCAGGAGGCCGUGGAACUAGAAAGCUAGCCCUAAAGCUGGAACAGAGGUGCAGGGAAUAUGCUCGCUUUUAGGCAAAUUGGUAUCCUUUCUUGGAGAACGCUGGACUUGGACAGGACUUUAAUUUUCUCCAGGGUUCGGGUGGGCCCCAAAGCCCAGGAAUUCUUUUAGGAGUUGCAUCCCCAGAGUUCCUCCUGUCAUAUUUUCUCUUCUAUGCAGAUUGAACACUGAAUCCCACAGACCGACCCUGCAGGUUGACUUGGAGAAAGAGGAAUUUUCAAGAAGUUGCCCACCACCCAGGGAAUCCUUUCCUUCUCUCACUUCUUGUACAGUCUCAGAAACAGAGCCCUCGGAGAUUGAACAUUGCAUGAGAGAUCAGGCACAUCUCCAGGAGCCACCGCUCAGGAAUUCACUGAGGGUCCCUCAGGGGACAGACCCAUUGAAGAUCUCUCAAUGUUGCCAGUUGAGCCGGAGCUACAGCCUACCCAGCAGCCUUCAACACUGGCCCCAAAGGUCCUGUGACCAGGACAGAGAGCAAGAUACCAAAACUUAUCCAGUGACUAUGGAAGGGGUCUCCUCGAGUGCAAGGAAUCUCAGGAAUGGCUUCAUCACCAGCAGCAGUAUAUAAGGCACUCCUCUUGAGCCUUCCUGUUGCUGGAAACAGUACAGGCCUGUUAUAAGGGGGGGGGACUACUACUCCUUUUCCCUUAUGGGAAACCCAAGAGCCCAUAUAGAGUCCUUACGUAGGUUCCCUAUUGGUAGGAGAAAAUAACAGAGGCCAAGCAGAGAAUACUGAGAAGCAAAGCAGCUAGUAAGCCUGAUCUUUAUUAAAGCUAUUGCAACAGGGUGCUCCCUCACACACAGGAGGCAGGAGGAACCCGGAACCAUGCACACAAGCCCUUUAUAUAGACAUUUUCAAAUUGCCCACCCUGGAGCCCAAAACCACCCCAAUACAUCAUACAUACAUCAGAGAAGGGGAGGUCUACAACAGAAUCCUGUCUGCCACAAAACCAGUGAUGGGUUUACCUGGCUGUUAAUUAGUUUACCUGGACAGCCUGGCUAUUCUUUUUGGAUGAUAACUACUUAAUUCCUGAGUCCAGGUCACAGUCUCACCCUAUUCAUACACAGACACACCCUUAAGACAGGAUUUGAGAAGAAAGAGACAAUGGGGAGGCUUUUCCAUUUCCUUCCUCCGUGCAGAGAAAUAUUUGAAGUGACUGAAAGAGUCAAAAUGGCUUUAGGACUGUUUUCCUGUACUGUUUCCAGACAUGUGGUUUAUACAUUUAUGUAUGAGUUUGCCUUGUACAGUUUUGAGCAUUUAUUUUAUAUAUAUUGAAAUAUACCCGGAGUCAAGUGUGGAUUUCUUGCUCUUUAUUCAGCUCAUAGUAGUGAGGGAUGAAAGUUUCCCCAAAAUAUCUGCUUUAUAUACAUUAUUUACACAAUGGGCCGCACGUGAUUGGCUAAUUCCGGGAUUCUCCCAUAGGCCAAUCAGGUUGUGGAUUCACUUCCACCUGGAGCUGGAUUGGGUGGCUCCUGCGAACCAAUAAGACUGCUGCAUUCUGAAUCCUAUUGUUCUAGGACCAAUCAGACUGCUCCCUUUUGGAUCCUAUUCCACUCAGUACAUAACAUAUAUAAUACCUUAAAAUUCCUAUAACAGGUCUCUGGUUCCUUAAACCCAGGCGCCUUAAAAUAAUAACUAUUAUUUAUUAUUUAUACCCCACCCAUCUGGCUGGAUUUUCCCAGCCUUGCCUUGCCUUGCCAAUCUUUUCCUAUUUAGCUUGGACUCUGGUUAGUGCUUUUUUAAAAAUAAAGAAGUAAAAUACAGUGACUACGGGGCCGCCUCUCCUGGUCUGCCCCGCGGAGGACCUUAAGGUCCACAAAUGACAACACUUUGGAGGUCCCAAGUUGCAAGGUGGUUAGAUUUGUCUCAACUAGGGCCAGGGGCUUUUCAGUACUGGCCCCGACUUGGUGGAACGCUCUGUCACAAGAGACCAGGGCCUUGUGGGACUUGACAUCUUUCCGCAGGGCCUGCAAGACAGAGCUGUUCCACCUGGCCUUUGCUUUGGACUCAGUCUGACCCUUAUGUUUCCCUUCCCUUAUGAUUUUGAUCAAUGGACUACUUUUAAAAGGAGGCUGCAUUUUAAAUUGUAUUUUAACCUGUAUUUUAAAUUGUCCCCCCCCCCCCCAUUGUGGUUUUAUUGUAAUUUUACUGGUGUUAGCCGCUCUGAGCCUGGCUCUGGCCAGGGAGGGCGGGGUAUAAAUAAUAAUAAUAAUAAUAAUAAUAAUAAUAAUAAUUACUCAUGGAGGGGUGGGCAGGGCUGGCCCAAGACAUUUUAGCACCUGAGGCAAACCCCAGGGGCAAUGGUGGUAUUGUUCUGUCAUUGCUGGUUCCAUAAGGUGACUCAGGGCUUAUUCACACCCCUGGCUUAUCAUCACUUCCUUUUGUUCUGUUGCUUUUCCCUGGGGGAAACUGCUCUUUGGUGCUUAACCAGAGCAAGCAGCAAUGGGGUUUUCCACUAAAGAGCAGGUUUUCCCUGGGAAAGCAGUGGGGCAAGUGGGAAACACUAGCACUCCUCCAGGCACGGGACAAGCGGAAGUAUGGAUGAUCCCUCAGAGGAAGGAGCAGCCCUUGAAAAGUGUGUCCUUAGGCAGUAUCCUUAACCCUGCAGGCCUCACAACUGCAGCUUCUGGAGACAACAAAAUCCACAUCUGCUUGCAAUUUUGCUCCAUCCAGGAACUCGCAGAGGUCUGGCCAUUCUCUGAUUCUGACCUGGGUGUGCGUCUCAGAGGCACACAGAUGCUUUGGGCAGGGUGUCAUCAGCCUGAGGUUCUGCUCCAUGAAAUUACCAUGCCAUCAGAUCUGAACUUCCUCCAUGCAGACGGGAGGUGUUAAUAGGUCAAUAAAGCAUAUUUUUUAAAGGGGGGUCAUUCCUGGAAAGUCUUGUGAGACAUAGAAUGUGAUUAAACAUUUGAUUUUAUGAGAGGCAAAAUGCUCUCGCUCUCUCCUGGAGGAGAAGACUGUUGGAUCUGGCAAGAGGCUGAAUUUGAGAAAAGAUUUUGUUUAUGAACACUAAAUAAGAAAUCAUGCAGCUAAGGGAGGAAAUGAUUGGCAUGUUUGCAACAGGAGUGGGAAACCUGAUUUUAAGAAAUUACAAGAAAUUAUAUUAAAAUAUUUUGGUUUAAUUAAUAAUUUAGAAAAUUUAUACAAAUUAUUUGGAGGGUGGGAGAUAUUUUAUUUUGGGAAGGAGACAUAUUUUCCCUACCAGGGAGACUAAAAGUUAAGGAGGCAAAUACUUUAACAACAGCAGAGUGACGGUUCUUGUCUGGUGUCACUAAGCAGGGAGUUCCAAAGAGUAGUGCUGCCAACCCUGAAAGAUCGAUCCCUUGGAAGUGCAAAGCAAACAUUUUGGCAUUUAUACAUGAGCCAGUUCUUCUUGCUGACGAGGGAGGAGGGGGAGAGCUUUUGAGAAGCUUGAACUUGUAUUUAGUCUCAAGGGGAGAUGUUCUCCUGGUGUCAAGUUUCAAAAAGAGAGAGACAGAGAGAGAAUCACAAGUUCAACAGGGAGGAAGGAAGUGGGGCAGCAGCAACCAUAUCCACCCUGGAGUGUUUUUUUCUGCCCCAGAACCCCUCAAAAAAACCUGAGCUACAGACCCUGGAUGCACAUUUGCCUACAGAGACCUUCCCUGAUGUCCACAGGGUCCCAUCACUCCCCCCCCCCCAUUUUAGGAAAACAAUUUUGCUUAAUUUAACAUAUGUUGCUCCUUUUUCACUAAUGCUUGUAUUGCUUGGAACACUUUAUGAUCAAUGCAUACAAAACAUUCAUGCACUGAUGUGCACACAUUUUCCCAGUACAUGCAUGUUUGUAUAUAUCAAUUGACUGCUGAACAGCAAAGCAAAAUUCAGACAUGUGUGGAUUUCGUCUGUCAUGGAUGGUUUCCUGCAUUGAAGGGGGUUGGACCAGAUGACCAUUGGGAGCCCUUCCAAUUCUACCAUUCUAUGAUUCUGUGAUUGAAACUAAGUGCUAAAAGCAGCAUGGAUACUAAACUAAACAUAGAUACAGAAAAGGUAAUGCCUCAUGUAGACAUAGUGUAAAUGGUAACACCUGCAACUUGUAUUGAAUUUCUUUGUGGGCAGGCACCUUGUGUACAUUUCCUAUUUUUAGCUCACAGCUUUCUCAGCUCCAAGACUGUAGUUACUCUUUCACUCUGCAACUUUUCCCCCUUAUAGCAAGCUUUGGGGCUGUGACCUGCAGCAUUUCUUAUGCCUGGUAAUAAAAGCAGAAGCCUGUUGCUGUACAACUGUGGGCGAAUCAACUCUCCACCAAGCAGCAGCCACACCUGAGGCUCCCUAUAUUCCUGGCCAGAAAUAUUCAUGAAUUUUGUGAGCAGGAGCCUCAUGAUCCUUCUCUCCUUUGGUCCAUUGAUCUUCUCUUCCCUUGGUAAGUCCUUGCAAAGAAAAGCUGUAUGCAUAGGGUGAAAAGCUAUAGGUUUCCUUGGUCAUGAAGGGAAAGUAACUGACAAUGGUGAGCUCACCUGGAGAAUAGGCCUCCUCCCUGAAAGUCCCCCCCCCCCAAUCUCAGGGUCAAUGUGGUUUGGCACCUGCUGGGGGCUCACAUUCCACUGACAAGAGCACCCACCACUCCAGACCUUCUCCUCUUUCCACCACUGCUUUCUCAUUCUGGCCCAAACAAUCAUGGUUGCUGUCAUGGGCCCAGGGGGGUUGGGGUGCAGGCCAGAGGAGGCUGGGGACAGGGAGGAGUUGCCUGUGCAGGAUCCCCCAGAGGGACCGAUUUGACUGGGACAGACCCUGGGGAGCUCAAUGAGCCAUCUAUGGGGAGUACCCUAGAAAGGUCUUAGUGGGGAGGCUUCCCCUUGUCCCAUCCAGGCUCCCUGUGAGUCACCCUAGUGUGCAGCACUGGCCUCAUCUUCAGAGCUGCCAGAGUCAUGCUAUGACUCAACCAUUCUAUCUGUGGCAUCACUGGCUCCACCUCUGGAGCUGACCGAGGCUGCCCCACCCCUGUCUGCUCUAGAGGAGUCCUCUCCCCCCUUGCAUAGGUCCCAGGAAUGCCAGAGCAAGUCCGAGCCAGCCCUCUCAGAGGGGGGCCUGUUUCCUUGUGAAGCCUCAGGAAAAUGCCCUUGGGCUGUGCUGAGUUGCACCCAUUCCUAGCCAGAAAUGGCACCUGCUGCAUAUCCAGAUCAUGUCUUGCCUAUGUAUCGUACCAGCUUGAGCAUUUGAAGUUUCAGUAGAAACUAUGUGCGCUGCAUCACAUUGUUGACUCCUGCCAAACUUUUGCUCUACUAAGACUGCAAGAGCUCCUUCACAUGUACUACUAGCAAGCCAGGUGGCCCCCAUCUUAUAUUUGUGCUGCUGGUUAAAGGUAAAGGGACCCCUGAGCAUUAGGUCCAGUCGUGGCCGACUCUGGGUUGUGGUGCUCAUCUCGCUUUACUGGCCGAGGGAGCCGGCGUACAGCUUCUGGGUCAUGUGGCCAGCAUGACUAAGCCACUUCUGGUGAACCAGAGCAGCGCACGGAAAUGCCGUUUACCUUCCCGACAGAGCGGUACCUAUUUAUCUACUUGCACUAUGACAUGCUUUCAAACUGCUAGGUUGGCAGGAGCAGGGACCGAGCAAUGGGAGCUCACCCCGUCGCGGGGAUUCGAACCGCCGACCUUCUGAUCGGCAAGUCCUAGGCUCUGUGAUUUAACCCACAGCGCCAACCACGUCCCACUGUGCUGCUGGUUAUUCCUGCCUAAAUUCUCUCUGAAUUGCUAUAUGGUGCCCCUGCAGCCUCAUUCUCAGCCACCCAUAUUUAAUUUUUCAUGAAAUAAUUAAAAGCUGCUCUGCCACCUUUUUAUUUUAAAAUAAAACAGUCCCGGUUCAAGUGGAGCCCAUCCCUUUUGUACAGACCCAGGUUGCUCCGAAAUGUUCCCCAAUUCAGAACAAAGACAAACUCCUCCUCCAAACACUAUCCUGUCAUCCACACAUUGAGACCACACAGCUCUGCUUGUCCAUCUGGCCCUGCAUAUGGAACUGGUAGUAUUUCAGAGAAGGCUACCUUGGAGGUCAUGACUUUCAGCAUCCUUCCCAGCAUCCUAAAUUUGGUUUCCAGGACUCCUAGACUACAUUUCCCCAUGUCACUGAUGCCAACAUGCACUGUGGCCACUGACUCCUUCCCAGCACUGUCUGCCAGGCUAUCUAGGCAAUGAGCAACAUCCACAACCUUCGUUCACCCCGUGGUUCAUUACACACCCAACUAUCUAUAUGCUGAUCUAUAUUCUUAACUACCAUGAUCCCACCACCCAGAGGAGAGGCAUCUUCCCACAAGAGGCAGUGAAGACCAACAUCCUGGAUGGCUUGAAAAGAGGAUGAGAUACAUUUGUGGAGAAGAAGACUGUUGAGGAUUCUAGGCAGGAUGGCUCUCCUCUGCUUCCUCCACUGAAGGCAGCCAUGCUUCUGAAUACCAGCUGCUGGAAACCACAGAAGGAGAGAGCAUUCUGGUGCUCAGGUCCUGCUUGCCAGUUUCCCACAGGCAUCCGGCUGGCCACUGUGAGAAGAACAGGAUGCCAGGCUAGAUGAGCCACUGACAGGAUCUUCUUAGGUUCUGAUGUUCCUGAUCUCCCAUCUGGAGUUAAUUUUGGGGUUUGAGGGCAUAUGAACAUUUCUUUGGGGUUCAGUGACCUAUGAGUUUUGCUUCUUUGAACUUCUUUCAAGCAAAUAAAAAGCUGGGCAAGUAGAAUGCUCUUGUAACAGCCUCCUCAGUCUGCAAAAGCUGCCAGCUCUUUUCAUUGCUUUUGCUUUGCCCAGAUCUGUCACAAGACUUUUGUUAUUAGCCAAUCUUUGCAAACAGCAAUUCUGUUCCUCCCCUACAAUCCACACCCAGGGACAGACUUCCAUAGAGAAGCAAACAUGACUGUUGCUUGCAGACGUUUCCUCUUCACUCUUUGUUCUGAAGAGCAAUAAGACCUCCCCCAGCAGCUGGUUUGUUCAGGAGGCGGGGGAAGAGACUGGCCAUGGAGUUGUCAUCAGUAGAACAGCAGGAAGUUAUAAACAGGCUUGAUACACUCAAGCAGCAACUUACACAUGUACUUCAAGAGAAAAUCUCUUCAAAACCUGGUCAUAGCAAUCUAUUAAAUCAAAGGAACGCAGUCAUGAAGGGGCUAACACCCCAGAAACCCCUGCCAAUCACUGGGACUCCAAUAACGGAUGAUAUGGCAGUCUGCCUGGCGGAAGCUCCUCAUAUACCGUCGCAACGCAGAUCCUCUUCACCUCUACUAAUAGAUUUGCAAUCAACUACCUCGUCCCUCGCCUUAAAGAGCAAUAUGCCAAACACCAUUCAUCCAGGUAAUCUGUCAAUGUCCUAUUCUUCCAUGCCUGACCUGGAGUCCUCAUUCAGUGCGGCCCAGGCAGAUGACUGUAUAUCCUCGUCCUCUGUCAGUCAACCUCGCUUGGUAGAUCCUCUUGUAUCCGUAACCUCUUCAAGCCAACAUAUAAACGUUAAGGAAGCCACUGUGCAAAGAGACAGCUCAGGCUUUAUUGAAGACCCUGCUGGCCACAUCAAUCAAAUUACCACCCCUUCGAUACCUUCGGCUGUAUCACGCCUGGCGCGGUCUCAGACCCUUGGCAAUGCUUCUUCCACCAGCAACCAGAGUAUCUGACUAGCACAUAGUCCCUCCCCAAACUGCUUCAAUGUGCUAUCCUGGAACGUGGCGGGAUGGACGUCCAAACAGGAUGGCGGGGAUAUGAUAGAGUUUUUAGCGAAAUUCCAGAUUAUGGGUAUACAAGAGACCUGGUGCUUAGAAUCGUCACCCCCCCCUUCCCUAUUGGGCUAUGAUGCUUUUGUGAUUCCUGCGACCAAAACACAUUUGUAUGGGCGCCCUAGUGGAGGCCUGGUAACAUUUGUUUCGCAGGAGCUUCAUCUUAAUAUCUCUCCUCUCCUUUGGUUAGAGAGUAAUUGUAUUCAAAUUUUGCACAUCACUAACAGCCCGGUUGGGGACUUCAUAUGUGUUAAUUUGUACAAUCCAUCUACCUACUCCUCUUCCCAUACAAAUCGGUUUUGGGAGGAUCUAAGAUUUAUCCUUGAUAAAUCUGUGGCUGAAUUCCCAAAGUCAGAGAUCCUCAUAAUGGGGGACUUUAAUGCCAGAAUCGGAGCAGAUAUAAGCUCAUUCACCGAUAAGUCGCAACUAUUCAUACAAGAGGAGUGGUUUCCUACGUGGAAUUCACAUGACAAGACCAUUAAUAGGGCUGGCAUCAUACUGUUGGAGUUUACCAUUAACUGCGGGCUGCACAGCUUGCAUGGUACACCCAAAGACUGGUCCGGGGAUACUAUACUUUUCUAGGAUCUAGAGGGGCAAGCGUUAUAGAUUAUAUCUGGUCCUUUUCGGCACUUAAUGAUAAGGCAUAUUGUUUCAAUGUGUUCAACAGAACCGAAAGUGACCACCUUCCUAUUGCCAUCUCCUUCCACCACACACAGCUGGGGCUCCCAGCUCACUCCCCCACCAGGAUUCACUGACCUUAGCCCCGGUCGUAAGAAGUGGGAUAUCUAUUUGGAGCAAGACAUAAAAGUCCUCCUAAAUUCCCCUGAGAUCCUAGCCCUGAAAGCUCAGCUGGUAACAAUGAAUGUGAAUCAUUUCUCAAGUUUCCAACAAAUUCUAGCCUACUUGCUCCCAACACUUACGAAACCCUCCCGUGCGAGUCUAACCUGGAAGAAUCAAACUUGGUUCGACCAAGAAUGCAAACAGUGCAGAAGUAGGCUUAGAUUUCUUCAGUCUGAUAUGAAAUCAGACAGCACCCAGAGCAAAAUCAGGGAGUUAGCCCAAUUCCGUUCUUACUACAAGAAGUUGCUCCAACAUAAGAAAUUGAUCUUUGCGAAAGAACGCUGGACGGCAUUGUCAGUGGCCAUUAAAACCCGUGACGACAAGAAAUUCUGGAAUUUAAUUAAUGCAGGUUUAAGACCCCCCUCAUUCAUCGUUAAUAACAUCACAGCAGCCAGUUGGCACUCUCACUUUGCUCAGCUGUAUUCUGCCCCAGAUUCCGACGUAAACGCAGUUUCCACUCUUCCUGCAUCUCCCUUGCCCACCUGGGAGCCAGUCUCCCCAGAGAGAUGUGUACAACUAAUUAGCAUGUUAUCAGGGGAUAAAUCCCCGGGGGAGGAUAUGAUUCCACCCGAGGUAUUCUUAUCGAACCAGAUGUGGUGGGCCCCUAUUUUUGCAUCUCUCUUUACCACUAUUAAUGCCACUCUUAAGAUCCCGCCAAAUUGGAAACAGAGCAUAGUCAUCCCAAUACAUAAAAAGGGGGACCCACAAGAUCCGCGUAACUAUCGACCCAUCAGCCUGCUAGACAUAUCAUACAAGGUUUACUCUAGAUUCUUGCUAGAGAAAUUAAUCGAGUGGGCAGAAGAAACAAAGCUAUUCCACCCGGAACAGGCUGGCUUCCGUAAAGGUCACAGUACAUCUGGCCAAUGUCUUGUUCUAUUUACCCUGAUUGAUAAAUACCUAAACAGGUUUAACUGCAAACUACACGCGGCUUUUGUGGACCUGACCGCCGCUUUUGACUCCAUUCCCAGAGAUAGGCUAUGGCAGAAGCUUAGUUACACCAACAUAGAUAAGAGACUCCUCCUUCUUCUUAUGGAAAUUCAUAAUGACAUAUCGGCCAGAGUAAAAUUCGGCCCCCUGGGAGCUCUUUCUGAUUCUUUCCCUCUGAAUAAAGGGGUCAAACAGGGCUGCCUCUUGGCCCCUUUUCUAUUCAAUUUCUAUAUCAACGACAUCGUUACAACUAUGCAGGCCCUAAAUCAAUCUGCCCCCUCUCUACAACAGCUCAAGAUCCCCAUAUUACUCUAUGCGGACGACAUGGUGAUACUGUCUUUAACCAAGCAGGGCUUAAACAACAUGCUCAGAGGGCUCAUGACAUAUUGUGAUACCAAUUCCCUCAAAAUCAAUUUCGCCAAAACCAAAAUUCUUACUUUUGGCACGAAAACUCGGAAGUCAUUCUGGAACUUUGAGGGCCACUCUAUUGAAUAUUGCUCAGCUUUCAAGUAUUUGGGAAUCACUUUUCAGCAUGGGCUUAGCUGGUCAGCUCACCUAAAUAUGACCAUCCUGGCUGCCCGUAGAACCAUCAAAGCCUUGGAGAAAUUCUUCUAUGCAAAAGGCGGCCAGUUGGUUCCACCAAUCAGAAAAGCAUUUAUUAGCAAAGUCCUCCCGAUGUUACUGUAUGGGGUUGAAAUCUGGGGGUGGAAUUUAAAAACACUUCAACGGCUGGAGAUUCUACAAAACUCUUUUGUACGAAAGAUACUGGGUCUCCCCAAGGGCUCGGUUGCUGCUCAGUUAAGAACAGAACUGGGCCUCCCCUCCAUUGUUGCGAGAGCCCAUAUUAGAAUUAUUAGUUUUUAUUGCAAAUUAAUCAAUGCCCCAGGUUCCCUACUAGCCAGGCAAGCCUUUUUAACUUGUUCUCACUCCAACAAAUGGUCCAAGGCCAUGGAGACUAUUACUGUACGCUACUCCCUCCCAGAAUUCGACACGUUGUCAUCUUGGGACCAACAUAAAAUCCGGGACUGGAUUCUUAUAAGAGAUGAGGCCAUGGACCGGGCACAGUCCACCUCAGCUCGCCUCUCCAUGUGGCUCCCUAAAGUGAAAGUGGUAAGAUCACUUGCCAACUACUUGAUAGACCUGACGGAGCCCAAUUUGAGAAGAGCGUUUACAAUGGCCCGUUUUCAUUCUAUACCCACGGCCUUCUUGCAGGGGACCUACUCUAAGACCCCUAUUACUCAGCGUCUAUGUCCAUGCACAAUGAAUGAAGUAGAGGACUUCAUACAUUUCUUUUCUACUGCCCUAUUUAUGACCCAAUAAGACCUAAGCUCCUCCUCUUGAUCCCGUCCUCCAUUUCAUCUAAGGAAGACUGUCUGAAAGCACUUCUUGUGGACGCAAAUCCCCAAAUUUCACGUGGGGUGGCAAUCUUCAUAGUGCAGGCUCUGAAACUCAGGGCUACUCUGACAGGGUAGUGUGCCCUAGUCCUGGACCUGUUUAAUUCUUUUAUUACCUUCUUAACUCAAUGUGCUGAGCCUAUUUUGGGGCCAUUUUAUGUUUUAUUUAUAUCCGCAUACUAGUUUUUGGUGCUGGCAACCAAAUCUUUGUAUUAUUGUCUUAGGGUGUUUUAAAUGUCAUUACGCCAGCAAUAUCGCUUUGAAUUUUGCUUGGUUGCUUGUCCCCAACAUUUUUGUAUUGUCUUAUUUUGCUAUGGCUGUAUGCUAAUGCAAUUAAAUUAAAAUUGGAAUUGGACUGGCCAUGGUUGUCCUCCCUGACAUUUGCCUCUUGCAGUUGCCAGACUCCUCUGGAGAAGGAUAUGGGAGCCAGCUGUAUGCCAUCUUCCCCUCUGAGCUGUAUUUAAGCCACACUGCUUGGAGUGUAGCAAGACCAGGGCCAGAAACUUUAUUAUCAGUUAACUCUUGUGUUGCUUUGUAUUUGCACAGACAAGCGGAGACCCCGCAACUCCGGGCAACACCCAAGUGGAAUAAUGACUCAAGACAACGUGUUAUGGGAUUAAAAUUUGGCCACAACUUUAUUAAAGCUUCAGAUGUAGGGAGACCUUGGCUUAGGCAUUGGGUGUUUAUCCCUCCCAGUCCCCACCUGGGGAUCUGGGGAACAUCAGGGUUAUCCAGAAUGUGGAGGGGCUGAGCUGGCUCUGGAGUAUUUUGGCAAACGCAUGAUAAAUUCAAUAUCCCCCCCCCAAUUUGGGGCUUAAGUACAUAAAGACCGCCGCCCACAUCAAAUGGGGGGUGCCUUUUGCAUGGUCGCGCGCAGCCCCCCCAUCCCAUGUGGCUCCUGGUUCAAGCAGAGAGCCCGCCCCCCAUUUCGCUGCCGUUGCAGGGGGAGAGCAAUGACAACCUAUUGGCAUAUGGCCAAUGCCUCCCCUGAAAACAACCCCUUUAACGGGGAACCCUGGGAUCGCACCACGGGGGGGGGCAUGGGUCACCCUUCACCCCCCCCCCCCAAUUUAGGGAAGAUAGGCUAAAGGAUUCCACCCAAGUCAUGAAACCGCCAAAGCUGUGAUAUUUUGCUACGGGGAUGGCAAAACCUGCCAAUGUGGGAAAAUUCCUUUCCAGCCCUUCAACAGUGACGUGACAUAGCAGCACCUGCGUACCUGUGAAGAAGAGGUUAACCUGCAAAGAAGGCUUAACUGAGGGAAGGGAGGGUGGGAGAAGCUGUGAAGUGGUCUGAGAACUCCCAGGUAAGUUCCGCCCACUAUUGUGUGGGCUGUGCUAUCCCUCCCCUUACCUGGCCAACACUCUCCUGGCAACGCCUCCCCAGCUGGGAUUGGGCAACUGGCAGAGGUAGGCCUCCAGGUGUCCAGCCUUGUGGGGGCGAAUCCAGGCUGUACUGCCAGGAGCCACAUGGGAUGGGGGGGGCUGCGCGCGACCAUGCAAAAGGCACCCCCCAUUUGAUGUGGGCGGCGGUCUUUAUGUACUUAAGCCCCAAAUUGGGGGGGGGGAUAUUGAAUUUAUCAUGCGUUUGCCAAGAUACUUUAUUCCUAUCAUUUUUUACGUUUACUGUCAUAUUCUGUAUUUCAAACAUUUGUAUUUCCUUUUUUUAAAAUGAUAUUUAUUAAAGUUUCAAAAAAUACAAAAAAUACAGAAUACAGAAAGAAAAAGAAUAAAGUUUUUAAAAUAUAACCAAAAAAGUAAAAAAAAAAACAUACCAAAUAAGACAGUUAAAAAGACAUUAAUUUUCCAUAACCUAUCUUCCCUACACUUAUUUCCCCGGACCUCCUCAUACCUCCCUUUUUUGUAUUCCAGUUCAAUUUGUUAGUUCAGCAAAUCCUUACCAUUAAGCUUUUACCCAAUUGCAAACCUUUUUCAUAUCUCUUAAAGCAUUACAGCUAAAAACCUCUUAGUUUCUAUCCAACAUCCUUCUAAGAUUCCUUAAUUUUACAAUAUUUCUGUAAAUAGUCUUUAAAUUUCUUCCAGUCUUCUUUCACCGACUCUUCUCUCUGGUCUCAGAUUCUGCCAGUCAUUUCUGCCAGUUCCAUGUAUUCGAUCACCUUCAUCUGCCAUUCUUCCAGAGUGGGUAGAUCUUGUGUCUUCCAAUACUUUGCGAUGAGUAUUCUUGCUGCUGUUGUGGCAUACAUAAAAAAAGUUCUAUCCUUCUUUGGCACCAAUUGGCCGACAAUGCCCAGAAGAAAGGCCUCUGGUUUCUUCAGAAAGGUAUAUUUAAAUACCUUUUUUAUUUCAUUAUAAAUCAUCUCCCAGAAAGCCUUAAUCCUUGGGCACGUCCACCAAAGGUGAAAGAAUGUAACUUCUGUUUCUUUACAUUUCCAACAUUUAUUAUCGGGCAAAUGAUAGAUUUUUGCAAGCUUGACUGGGGUCAUGUACCACCUGUAUAUCAUUUUCAUAAUAUUCUCUCUUAAGACAUUGCAUGCCGUAAACUUCAUACCUGUGGUCCAUAACUGUUCCCAGUCAGCAAACAUAAUAUUAUGUCCAACAUCUUGUGCCCAUUUAAUCAUAGCAGAUUUCACCGUUUCAUCCUGAGUAUUCCAUUUCAACAGCAAGUUAUACAUUCUUGACAAAUUCUUAGUUUUGGGUUCUAACAAUUCUGUUUCUAAUUUUGAUUUUUCCACCUGGAAGCCAAUUUUCUUAUCCAAGUUAUAUGCCUCCAUUAUCUGAUAAUAAUGAAGCCAAUCUCUCACUUUAUUUUUUAGUUUCUCAAAACUCUGCAAUUUCAAUUUGUCUCCUUCUUGUUCCAAAAUUUCCCAAUAUUUCGGCCACAAACAUUUGUAUUUCCAAUGCUCUGUAUUUUGAUGUUUUGAAUGGCUGCUGUGAGUCACUUUCGGCUCAGCUCCUUGUGGAACAGAUGCAUAUAAAUAAACUCAAUCAAUCUUGCUUACUAGUGCCCAGUUUCUGGUGCCACAGUGAUCUUUGUUACUGAGCUAUGUUUGUAGGACAAUCUGUGUAUAUGACAAACACAAAAGAGAGCCCAACCGUAGGUGGCGAGAGAACCAAUGAUCGGUAGAGCCAACUAAUUCUAUUUCUGUCCCCACCUGUCCUACUGAGAGCUAUGAGAGCAACACAGAUACUAAAGAGGAAAGGCCAACUGGCAGGCUAGAUGAAAGUGAAAAAAGAAAACAGAUGGAUUCACUGCAAGAUACUAUAAAGAAAUGAAAUACACCCUACUUGCGCCAAUGAAAGAAGUUAUGAAUAAUAUAUUAAAGAAGGGAGAAUUACCAGAAACAUGGAAAGAAGCUUAUAUUACACUCAUUCCGAAGCAAGAUUCAGACUUAACGCAAGUAAAAAACUAUCAGCCGAUUUCUUUGUUAAAUAAUGAUUAUAAGUUAAUUGCAAGCAUAUUAGCAAACAGGAUGAAAAAAUAUAUAUUGAAAGAAAUAAUACAUAAAGAUCAGGCAGGUUUUCUUCCUGGAAGACAAAUGAAAGACAAUAUAAGAAAUAUAGUUAAUAUAACUGAAUAUCUGACAGCCAGGAAUGAAAAACAAGCAAUGUUAAUUUUUGUGGAUGCUAAAAAGGCCUUUGAUAAUAUAUCUUGGGAAUUUAUGUUAAAAAAUUUAGAAUUCAUGGAUAUGGGUCAAUUCUUUCUAAAUGGAAUAAAAGUGAUAUACACAGAACAAAGAGCAAAACUGAUUGUAAACAAUAUAGUAACAGAAAAUAUUGCAAUUACUAAAGGCACAAGACAAGGAUGUCCUCUUUCACCAUUAUUAUUCAUAUCGAUUCUGGAAGUCUUUUUAAGAUCGAUAAGAAGAAAUGAAUUAAUAAAGGGUGUCACAGUCAGUCGAAAUGAGUAUAAAGUAAAAGCCUUUGCUGAUGACUUGGUAUUAACAAUUGAAGAACCAUCUACAAGUAUUAAAGAGGUAUUAGAGGAGAUAGAACAGUUCGGCCAAGUGGCUGGCUUUAAACUGAAUGAAAAGAAAACUAAGAUAAUUGUUAAAAAUAUGAAACAGGAGUUGGUUGAAACAUUGCAGCAACAAAUAGGUAUAGAAGUGGUUAAGAAAGCCAAAUAUUUAGGAAUUUGGUUAACUUCAAAAAAUAUUGAUCUGUUUCAAAAUAAUUAUAUACAAAUGUGGAAUAGUGUUAAAAGAGAUCUAGAGGUAUGGGGAAGGUUGAAGUUAUCAUUUUGGGGUAGGAUUGCUGCGAUAAAGAUGAAUGUGCUACCAAAGAUGUUAUUUUUGUUCCAGACAAUUCCAAUAAUCAAAGGGGCAGCAAUAUUUAAAGAAUGGCAAAAGAUAAUUUCAAGAUAUAUCUGGAAGGGUAAGAAGCCGAGAAUACAAUAUAAGUUAUUAACAGAGGCUAAAGAAAGAGGAGGCUUCGCCCUGCCAGACUUGAAAUUGUAUUAGGAAGCGUUGUGCCUCUGUUGGUUGAAGGAAUGGAUGAAAUUAUAAAAUACUGAAUUGCUGGACCUGGAAGGGUAUGAUAAUAGAUUUGGUUGGCAUGUGUAUCUAUGGUAUGAUAAGAAAAAAGUCCAUAAAGGAUUUGGAAACCACAUAUUUCGAAGAUCUCUUAUAUAAGUUUGGGAUAGGUAUAAAAACCUAUUGGAACAAAAAACUCCACAUUAGAAGCGAUGUGUGUUAAAAAGGUCAAUAUCAGUGGGAAAUGGAUAACAUACGGGAAAUUAAUAAUUAGAGAAGAAGGAAAAUGGAAACUGAAACCAUAUGAAGAGGUGAAAGAGUAUGUUAAUGAUUGGUUACAUUACUAUCAGGUUAAUGAAAUGUUUAAACAAGAUUUUAAAGAGAAAGGCUUUCAGGAUAAAGAAUCGAAGUUUCAACAAGAGAUAUUGAAUAAUGAUAUUAAAAUUUUGUCUAAAAUGUAUAAAUUGUUGCUUGAAUGGCACUUAAAAGAUGAGGAGGUCAAGUCGGUUAUGAUUCAUUGGGUCAAAGAUUUCGGGUAUAAUAUACAGCUGAGUGAUUGGGUAAAAUUAUGGAAAGAAGGUUUAAAAUUUACUGCAUGCAAUGCUCUAAAAGAGAAUAUGAUGAAAAUGAUGUAUAGAUGGUAUAUUACACCAGUGAAGUUAGCAAAAAUGUAUAAAAUUAGUAAUAAAUGUUGGAAAUGUAAGGCAAAAGAAGGAACAUUUUAUCACAUGUGGUGGGAAUGUAAGAAGGUGAAAUGCUUCUGGGAGAUGAUAUAUAAUGAGUUGAAAAAAAUGUUGAAAUAUACAUUUUUAAAGAAACCAGAAGCAUUUCUCUUGGGUAUUGUUGGAGAUGAUAUAAAUAGAAAGGAAUGUAAGCUUUUUCUAUAUGCAGUAACAGCAGCAAGAAUGUUAUUGGCCCAAAAAUGGAAGCAAGAAGAAUUACCAAAGAUAGAAGAAUGGAGGAUGAAAUUAAAGGACUAUGCGGAACUUGACAAACUAACAGGAAGGAUUCGAAACCGGCGGGACCAGAAAUUCACCGAAGACUGGAGUAAAUUUAUGGAUUAUUUGAAAAGUAUUUGUGAUGACCAGAAGACGUUUGUAGGCUUGCAAGAAGUUCUGUGAGGAAUAAGUUAAGAAAUAUUGUAAAAAUGUGAAAGAAGAGAUGAUAUGUUAAAAGAGGUAAUGGCAAUAUUAAGUUGUUGUUGUUGUUUAGUCAUUUAGUCGUGUCCAACUCUUCGUGACCCCAUAGACCAGAGCAUGCCAGGCACUACUGUCUUCCACUGCCUCCCGCAGUUUGGUCAAACUCAUGUUUGUAGCUUCGAGAACACUGUCCCACCGUUUCAUCCUCUGCCGUCCCCUUCUCCUUGUGCCCUCCAUCUUUCCCAACAUCAGGGUCUUUUCCAGGGAGUCUUCUCUUCUCAUGAGGGGGCCAAAGUCUUGGAGCCUCAGCUUCAGGAUCUGUCCUUCCAGUGAGCCCUCAGGGCUGAUUUCUUUAAGAAUGGAUCGGUUUGAUCUUCUUGCAGUCCAUGGGACUCUCAAGAGUCUCCUCCAGCACCAGAAUUCAAAAGCAUCCAUUCUUCGGCGAUCAUCCUUCUUUAUGGUCCAGCUCUCACUUCCAUGCAUCCCUACUGGGAAAACCAGAGCUUGAACUAUACGGACCUUUGUUGGCAAGGUGAUGUCUCUGCUUUUUAAGAUGCUGUCUAGGUUUGUCAUUGCUUUUCUCCCAAGAAGCAGGCGUCUUUUAAUUUUGUGGCUGCUGUCACCAUCUGCAGUGAAUAUUAAGUUAGGAAAUGCAUAUGAAGUGAUUAAGAUGGAGGAUUAUCAGAGGUGCUGAUGGAAGUCCAACAAGAUUGUAUUUGUAAUAAAUUGUGUGGUAUGUUUUCUAAUUUUGUAUGAUAAAAAAGCAAUAAAAAAAAUUUAAAAAAAGAAAGUGACAAAAGAAGACAGGUGGGGACUGGCUAAGGACAGGCUGAACCAAGCAAUGCCCCACUCACCCUCAGCGAACAGUCUCCACUGCUGUGAAGUGCUGGUGCUGCACAUUUUCAACUGUUUCUCUUCUUUGCAGUGGUUUUGCAGGACUCCGAAAGGUUGGGUUUCCCCAGCCACUCUGGGCCACUUCCAACCAAAUACAGUGGUGCCCCGCAAGACGAAUGCCUCGCAAGACGGAAAAACCGCUAGACGAAAGGGUUUUCCGUUUUGAAGUUGCUUCGCAGGACGAAUUCCCCUAUGGGCUUGCUUCGCAAGACGAAAAUACCUUGCGAGUCCUGAGAUUUUUUUCGCUUUCCCCCUUUAUCUAAUCUGCUAAGCCUUUAAUAGCCUUUAAUAGCCUUUUAGCAGCUAAUCCCUAAGCCUUUAAGCCUUUAAUAGCCGCUAAACAGCUGAUAGCGCUAAUAGCGCUAAUCCGUCAAUGGGCUUGCUUCGCAAGACGAAAAAACCGCUAGACGAAGACUCUUGCGGAACGGAUUAAUUUCGUCUUGCGAGGCACCACUGUAUUGAAAACAAUACAGCUUCAGACAUUAAAAACUACCCUAAACAGGGCAGCCUUCAGUUGUCCUGUAAAACUAAAAUAGUUGUUUAUUGCCUUGACAUCUGCUGGGAGGGCAUUCGACAGGGCAGGCGCCACCACCGAGAAGGCACUCUGCCUGGUUCCCUGUAACCUCACUUCUCGCAGCAAGGGAACCGCCAUAAGACCCUCGGAGCUGGACCUCAGCGUCCGGGCUGGACAAUGGGGGUGGAGACGCUCCUUCAGGUAUACUGGACCGAGGCCAUUUAGGGCUUUCAAGGUCAGCACCAACACUUUGAAUUGUGCUCGGAAACGUAUUGGGAGCCAAUGUAGAUCUUUCAGGACCAGUGUUAUAUGGUUUCAGCGGCCGCUCCCAGUCACCAGUCUAGCUGUCGCAUUCUGGAUUAAUUGCAGUUUCCGAGUCACCUUCGUAGGUAGCCCCACGUAGAGCGCAUUGCAGUUGUCCAACACCUACUCUUAACAGAACAGAAACCUUUAACAGGCACACAAGCAGGAGUACAGCAGGUGUGCAUUGCUAAAACACAUAGAAGCACCCUGACCUUGCACUCUUUCUCCUUCUCCACUGCUCCUUCCUGGUUUAUAAGGGGAGGAACAAAGAGCUGUGAAAGGAGGAGUCAGAAACAAAGGAGGGAAAACACAGUUUUUCUUGGAUGAGAAGGGGAGGGGAAGUGAGCACAGACAGCCUUGCUGGUUUAAAGAGCAGGAUCUGAUCUGCUGGGAAGCGAGAGGACGGAAGGAAAUGACCAUUGUGUUUGAAAAUUCGUGACUCUUGCUAAUAAGACUCUGGACUCAGGCAAUGCUUAUAAGAUGGAUGAACCGGCUUAUUUUAGGGCAUCUAUCCUGUGCAGAAAAAUGAAGCUGUUCUCCUCAUGGUGGUGAAACAGAUACCUCAAUGGGAUGUGCACAGGCAGGACUUGAGCUCAACAGCAGCAAAUCUCUCCAUCUGUGAUUCCCAGAAACAAGCAUUCUGGUGCGUGACUGCCACUCAUGGCUCUUUAGCAAUCCACAAUUGUGGAUUUUUCUCACAAAAGACCUCUUCUUCAGACUAUUGCUGUACUCUUCCUUGGGUAAGGACUUCACUGCUUCUCCCUCAAAAACAAAACAAAAACAAAAACCCCACCUAAAUGCAUGGAGGGGGCAAUCUGAGUUUGAUUUGUCAUGAAGAGGGAAAUCAUUGGCAAUAUUGGUUACUAGCACACAGGGCCUUCUCUCCCCAGCUUGAACCCUCCCAGAACACCCUGGCUGGCUUUAAAGGAAGCUCCAACAGAAGACUUUUGAGAGUUUAAUUGUAUAUGUGAUAUUUGUUACUGAGCUGAACUUGGGAGAACAAUUUGUUUAUAGGAUCCAGGUGAUCAUCUCCCCUGAAGGUGUGGGGUGGAACAGAAUAAAAGCACAGGACAUGCUGACAAGUUAACCUCAUCUCCAGGGCAGAAAUAUUUUCCUGUGGGAUAUUUUCCUAUGAUGUAUCAAGUUAUUCACCAAUAUAAAAUAAAUGUCAGUAAGGAGGAAACCAGCAUCUUAAAAACAGAGGCAUCACCUUGCCAACAAAGGUCCAUAUAAUUAAAGCUAUGUGUCAGGGAACUGACAUCGGAGCCAGAGGCGGAGGCAAGGCUCUCAAGCGAUGCUGGAGAAGGGCCCAGCAGGGAGAGAGGCAGCUCAUCAGCUGGGGAAGGAAAUCAGCGUAACACCAGGGAUAAAGGGGGGCAUCGGCGAGGGGGCUCCAGGACUCCUCGCUGGAGACCAGCGGGGAGAGCACGGGUCCUCUGCUACCCACAGCCUCCCUGCACAGAAGACUUCCGCGCAGGGAGAGUAGGAGGAGACUUGGGGUCAAACAGCUUUUAUGCUGGAAAAGGUUUAAGGAACGCCCACUGACGGAUUCUGCUAGCAACUGAGGCAGCCACGAAUUGAAGGGCUGUCCAGACCGAAAAGGUUUAACAAGGCAACAUAGCCAGGAGUGGCGACAACUUACGCACGAGCAACCCCUAUAUUUAUUACACUAUGGUUUUCCCAUUAGUGAUGUAUGGAAGUGAGAGCUGGACCAUAAAGAAGGCUGAUCGCCAAAGAAUUGAUGCUUUUGAAUUUUGGUGCUGGAGGAGACUCUUGAGAGGCCCAUGGACUGCAAAAAGAUCAAACCUAUCUAUUCUUCAGGAAAUCAGCUCUGAGUGCUCACUGGAAGGACAGAUCCUGAAGCUGAGGUUCCAGUAAUUUGUCCACCUCAUGAGAAGAGAAGACUCCCUGGAAAAGACCCUGAUGUUGGGAAAGAUGGAGGGCACAAAGAGAAGGGGAUGACAGCGGACGAGAUGGUUGGACAGUGUUCUUGAAGCUACCAGCAUGAGUUUGACUGUGGGAGGCAAUGGAAGACAGGAGGGCCUGGCGUACUCUGGUCCAUGGGGUGACAAAGAGUCGGACAUGACUAAAUGACUAAACAACAACAAAGAGGAAACAGUGAAUUAAAGGAGCCAAUCAAUGAGCAGGAAAAGGCGACUGGGGAUCCUGGUGGAACAGACUCAGUUUCUUCUCUGAACUGUGUGUUAACUUAUCUCAUUUUAACACAAAAAUAGUGCAUAGUACUUUUUUCCUGAAACACACAAGCAGAUUGUUUUUAGAAUGUGGCUUAGAAUAAUUUCUCGCUGGGUUAGAUCUUUAUGUGUUGAGUUUUCAACAGCCAUUUUGCAAAGUUCUGAUUUUGUAAGCUGCUUUGAGGUUUUAGACAAUCCAGAAGUAUGAAUCUUGUGAACUGAAAUAAAGAACUUUUGUUCCUUGUGAGGGGAAAUUCUACUUAUUUUUCAAAAAUUUUCCUUGGGACAAUUACACAAAGCCAGAUAUUCCAAAAAUUUCAGCAUUGCAAAGCUUUAAAAAGAUUUCAGUGUUUAAUCAAUUGCUUUUUUGGACUUCACUAAAAACAAUAAUGAAACUAAUUUUGUUUCUAUCUCCUCCCCCACCACCCUCCCCUCACUAGAAACUUUAAGCCAUGCAGUGGGGAAUCCAACCCAUCAGGUGAAGGGAAUCCUGGGAGGAUCAGUCUUGUUUCCUGCCAAUGUAUCUCAAGGAAUAACAGUGCAGAAAAUGGAAUGGGACUUCCACCCCCAAAGGGGUGACCUGGGAUUUUGGCUGACAGAAUUCAGUCAUGGGAAACUGGAGCACCCAGGCCGUACUAACCGGUUUGGACAACGGCUAGAUAUGGUGGACAAGACAACACUGAGGAUCAAAGACCUGGAGUUGGAUGAUGGUGGGAUCUACAAUACUCGUAUCUGGUUUACUAAGGCACAGUUUCAAGAACAGAGUUUCAGCCUCACUGUUUAUGGUAAGUUAUUGCUUUCACUGUUUGGCUCAUGGAAUAGGAUGAAUAGGACCCAAACCUUAUGCUGUUUUCAUUUGUGUUCCACAGAGCCAGUGCCAACACCACAGAUAGACCACCAAGUGGAAUCCAAGACUCCAGGUGGAUGUAAUGUGACCUUGCGAUGCCACACACCUGGAAGGGAAGAUCUCAGUAUCUCCUGGGAAACAGGGGGUCCACACAGGGCCUUAGGAAAGAGUGUGAAUCAGUACCAGGUUUCUGACAAUGGCCAGGAGCUCCGUGUCUCCUUCUGGAACACUUCUUUCGACUCCAAAUUCACCUGCCUGGUCAGCAAUCCUGUUGAUCGAAAGAGAGCCUCCUUUGACUUGCUCAACAUCUGCCAGAGUGAUGAAGGUGAGCAAUACAUCCUUUCCUUCAUUAUCCAGAGGAGGUGCUUGUGGUGGUGAAAAGGCAGGCUAGCCCUUAACAUGAGGGAUUUGAGGAGAUGUGUUUGUAUUAAUAAAUGCCCCUCUUCACAUGCUUGUGAGCAGGAUAAGAGCAAACACAGCACUCCUUGCGGACUCCCUUAAGAAAUUGAUUCAGGGCAGGCAUGUGUGUCUGACAGGGCAUUAACAGCUCAAAUCAUUGCAAUACGAACGGGACAGAUUAGCGACACUUGCUUAUCUCUUGUUAUUUAUUAUACUCCUCUUGGCCAGGUGUGAGCAUGGGGCUCUGAAUCUUGGGGUCAUGGGUUGAAGCCCUGCCUUGUGCCAAAGAUUCCUGCAAUGCAGGGGUUGGGCUAGAUCACUCUAGUUGUCCCUUCCAACUCUACAAUUCUAUGAUUCUAUGAGAGUCACUCUGGAGAUUGUUAUUAGAGUAUGUUUUGAGAGACUCUUAUUGCUCAUUGCAGGUGGACAGUUUGGACUCUUGAGUUGGAGUCCAUUGCUUAUCUCUUCUGUCAUAGUUCUUCUGGUGAUUUUGGUGAUGGUGAUGCGCUGGAAGAUCAUAUUUAAAAGGCGUAGAAGAGGUAGGACCAUCUCUAUGGAUCUUCUUCCCAUCUCUCCUGAGGUGGGUGCUUCCUGCCAAAUAUACCUCUACCUUUCUUUUGCUUAUUCUGAGAGGCAGAGACUGGUCAGUGACAUGGACUCAAUAAUGUGUCUCAUUUUGCACUCCACAGCUGUGAUGCAAGAGAAAGGGGACAGUAUCCCGAGCUCAGGAGCCAUGCAGAAGAUCGUGAUGAUGAGGUGAGAUGAUCGGUGUGCAAAGUAAUGAUGGGGUGAUUGUUUUUAUCUAUCAGUGAAAGCAUCUGAUACAUUUGGGAGGAAUUUAUCACUUCCAUUAUUAUUAUUAUUAAAGUUGCAUUCACUUAUUCUUUUUUUCAAUUUUUUAAAAUUGAUUUCCCACAUUUAUCACCAAAUGACAUAACAAAACACACAACAAAGAAAAACACACUACAAUACAAUAAAAUUAAACACAGAGAAAAAUUAUUUCUUCAAAUAUCUAAUUCUCUUAACAUUGAUAACUGACUUCCUUGAAUCCCUCUAGCUGAAUUUCAUUAUAUCAGCUUUAUAACAGUUCUCCAAGUUCAUAUUUCUAAUAAUAUUAACUCCUUUCAUUUACUAACUUCUUCUCCUUUAUUAAUAUUCUAAUCCUUAAUAUUUACUACCCCGUAUCCUUAUACUACCCCUAAGCCUAUUUGUAACUUCCAAGGAUUUUCUAUUUAUCUCAUAUUACAAUAUAUAGCUAAAUAUUCUUUAAAAUUCUUCCUAUCCUCUUGUGUCUCCUUUUCUUUUUGGCCACGGAUUCUUCCAGUCAGGUCGGCCAGCUCCAAAAAGUCCAAAAUCUUCAUCUGUCAUUCUUCUAUUGCUGGUAUUUCUUGCGAUUUCCAAAUAUGGCUAAUAAAAGUCUUGCCGCUGUAGUGGCAUACAAAAACAGUCUAGCAUCUUUUUUGGGCAACUCCGCAUUCUGUUAUUCUUAAAGAAACAACAGCAACAGCAAGAACAAGCAGAUUUCAAACAGGCCAGUGACCUGAUAAUGAAUGGCAAUCAAUUUGGCACAACUUGUCCCUACGAACCAUCUCUGCUUGUCUGCAGGAGGCUUCUCUUAAAAUUACCUUUCACUGGCACUGGACUCCAUCACAUCGAGCCAAAAUAAACUCUAGCAUCUCUCUUAUGCUGGAAAGGAUGCAGAGAGAGUGGCUCAUUUUCAUGUAUGGUGAAGUUGCACAUUGGUCUAUUCCUAUUGGAGUUCCACAUUAUAUGACUCUCACUAUACAGUAUAUAAGGGUCUGGUGACUUCUGUUUCAGUGUAUCUGAAGAAGUGUGCACGCACAUGAAAGCUCAUACCAAUAACAAACUUAGUUGGUCUCCAAGGUACUACUGGAAGGAAUUUAUUUAUUUAUUUUGCCAUUGGUGUUAGUGGUUCAUUGCGCCAGGGCGCUGGCCUCUCAGGGGCGCCCUAGCGAGUGGGGGAGCUGUGCGGCUUUGCCAGCAGCCUCCCCUUUCCCUGUACGCCCUCCAGCUGCGCCCCACCAACUGUAUGGCGGGCGUGCAGCUUCCUUCCCAAGCCUCUGCAGGAGGAGAGCGAUCCCCGCAGAGCUCCCAAGCCUCUGCAUCUGCUAAAGAUGGCCCUGAUCCCGGUCGUCAUCCUCCUCCUGCUUCCUGGCGAAAGGCGGCACACAGCCUUCCCAGGCUGCCUUCUUGGGCGCCCCUACGCCAGAGAGCAUGUCCACCAACACGUUUUCCUGCUUGAUCGCUGUUGCCACACCAGGGAUCAGGGUGAUGGGGGAGGCAGAGGAUAUUUUCCACUGCCCCUCCCUUGUUUUGGAGUUGCCUGGGGGGGCGCCAGAGGGAUCUUUGCACCAUGGCACUGGAUAUGCUUAAGACGGCCCUGAGGCAGCACGCCAGAGCGAGAGAGGCUUAUCUCCCUCUCACUGUGUUUCUACUCCUCCCAGCUUGUCCUCCCUCCUCUUUGGAUCCUCGCUGUCUGUCAGAAUGAGAACAUCCCUGACAUUUUCAUUAAGACCAAUAAACGUUAUUUGGAUUCAAAAACCAAAAACAGGCCAGUGACCCAAACCUCCUGAUCAAAAGACCUAACAGAUGGAUUAUGGCACAAGGCGAGGCAGGCAGCUUGUGCAAAGAUCCUGUUCCCAUCAGGGGAACAUGCAUUUCCAGUUUAAGUGAGCAGAAUUGAACCCUCCCCCCUCCAGCUAGUGAAUGGAGGAUUCAGCCCUCUGGCAGCAGGGCUCUGCUUCCCACUUCCUCCCCAAAGUGAACCCAACAGGAUUGCGCUCUCUACUUACCAGCUGUUCUGGACUCUUCCCAAAAUACUAAUUUAAUCAUUGAUAAUAACUGAACACUGGGUAAUGGAAAUGACAUUUGUUGUUGUUGUUUAGUCGUUUAGUCGUGUCCAACUCUUCGUGACCCCAUGGGCCAGAGCAUGCCAGGCACUCCUGUCUUCCACCGCCACCCGCAGUUUGGUCAGGCUCAUGUUUAUAGCUUCGAGAACACUAUCCAACCAUCUCGUCCUCUGUCGUUCCCUUCUCCUUGUGCCCUCCAUCUUUCCCAACAUCAGGGUCUUUUCCAGGGAGUCUUCUCUUCUCAUGAGGUGGCCAAAGUCUUGGAGCCUCAGCUUCAGGAUCUGUCCUUCCAGUGAGCCCUCAGGGCUGAUUUCCUUCAGAAUGGAGAGGUUUGAUAUUCUUGCAGUCCAUGGGACUCUCAAGAGUCUCCUCCAGCACCAUAAUUCAAAAGCAUCAAUUCUUCGGCGAUCAGCCUUCUUGAUGGUCCAGCUAUAACUUCCAUACAUCACUACUGGGAAAACCAUGGCUUUAACUAUAUGUACCUUUGUUGGCAAGGUGAUGUCUCUGCUUUUUAAGAUGCUGUCUAGGUUUGCCAUCGCCUUUCUCCCAAGGAGCAGUCGUCUUUUAAUUUCGUGACUGCUGUCACCAUCUGCAGUGAUCAUGGAGCCCAAAAAAGUAAAAUCUCUCACUGCCUCCAUUUCUUCCCCUUCUAUCUGCCAGGAGGUGAUGGGCCCAGUGGCCAUGAUCUUCGUUUUUUUGAUGUUGAGCUUCAGACCAUAUUUUGCGCUCUCCUCUUUCACCCUCAUUAAAAGGUUCUUUAAUUUCUCCUCACUUUCUGCCAUCAAGGUUGUGUCAUCUGCAUAUCUGAGGUUGUUGAUAUUUCUUCCGGCGAUCUUAAUUCCGCCUUGGGAUUCUUCCAGUCCAGCCUUUCGCAUGAUGAAUUCUGCAUAUAAGUUAAAUAAUCAGGGAGACAAUAUACAGCCUUGCUGUACUCCUUUCCCAAUUUUGAACCAAUCAGUUGUUCCAUAUCCAGUUCUAACUGUAGCUUCUUGUCCCACAUAGAGAUUUCUCAGGAGACAGAUGAGGAAAUGGAAAUGACAUACUUUUGUCAAUUCAAAAUGGGCAAUUCCACCCACUCCCUUAUGGACUUAGUUAUGGCAAGUUCUCCAGGAGGCCGUGGAACUAGAAAGCUAGCCCUAAAGCUGGAACAGAGGUGCAGGGAAUAUGCUCGCUUUUAGGCAAAUUGGUAUCCUUUCUUGGAGAACGCUGGACUUGGACAGGACUUUAAUUUUCUCCAGGGUUCGGGUGGGCCCCAAAGCCCAGGAAUUCUUUUAGGAGUUGCAUCCCCAGAGUUCCUCCUGUCAUAUUUUCUCUUCUAUGCAGAUUGAACACUGAAUCCCACAGACCGACCCUGCAGGUUGACUUGGAGAAAGAGGAAUUUUCAAGAAGUUGCCCACCACCCAGGGAAUCCUUUCCUUCUCUCACUUCUUGUACAGUCUCAGAAACAGAGCCCUCAGAGAUUGAACAUUGCAUGAGAGAUCAGGCACAUCUCCAGGAGCCACCGCUCAGGAAUUCACUGAGGGUCCCUCAGGGGACAGACCCAUUGAAGAUCUCUCAAUGUUGCCAGUUGAGCCGGAGCUACAGCCUACCCAGCAGCCUUCAACACUGGCCCCAAAGGUCCUGUGACCAGGACAGAGAGCAAGAUACCAAAACUUAUCCAGUGACUAUGGAAGGGGUCUCCUCGAGUGCAAGGAAUCUCAGGAAUGGCUUCAUCACCAGCAGCAGUAUAUAAGGCACCCCUCUUGAGCCUUCCUGUUGCUGGAAACAGUACAGGCCUGUUAUAAGGGGGGAGGGCUGCUCCUUUUUCCUUAUGGGAAACCCAAGAGCCCAUAUAGAGUCCUUACGUAGGUUCCCUAUUGGUAGGAGA